GAAAAAGAAGAGGAGGAAAAGGACACUAGCUACGUGUCGCAGAGCGGCUCGGCCUGUCGCCAGCCGAGCCAGUGUCGACCAGGCCGGCAGCGCUGGCAUCCUCCCCGGCCAGCUCCUCGAGAGUCUUCCUCGCGGACUCGGGGACCAGCCACGAGGUGCAGAAGCCCAGGGCCAUGAGAGCAGCGAAUAUCUGCAUGAUGUGGGCUGUCCAAGGCGCAGCCCAGCGUGGGUCCGCCUUGGCCUUGGCGGCAUCCGCCCCGAUGGUCCUCAGAGGCCCAGACGCUGCCGAGAUGCCGUGCGACGUGGACUGGUACCGCGUCGGUAACACCUUUGAAGAAGAACUGGCUCAGCGUGAAGAGCGCCAUGAAGGCCCCGCCCGACAACCUCCAGAACCCGAAGCCGAUGGUGCAGAACAGCACCGUCAGCAUAAAGAACCCAACCAGCCCGGCUAUGGACUGGCUGGCGAGCUGGACGACAGGCUCUGGGCGAGCGUGGAGAAGAUGAUGAUCAUGAGCUCCAGCCCGUACAUCUUCUUCCGUCCUACGACAUCGGCCAGUAUGCCAAAUCCAACCUGGCCAGCAACCGUGCCGGCGGAUGUCGCUACCUUGAUGGCUGUGUCGUCGGCAUCCGGGAUCUUGCCCCCAAAGUAGACGAUUCCGAGAAGAGAUGUGACGAGGCCUAUGGCGAAUAUGUCGUAGCUGUCGGUGAAGAACCCAGUCUACAUUCCGGUGCUGGUCAGCUUGGUCCCUCGCUCUCUGCGCCCGGGAAUUGUCAUCGCCGCCGUCGCAGUCACUUACUCCUGCUACGGCGAUGGCCCGGACCGUCCUGCCUCAUCAGCACAAACGCAACAUUUCCGGUUGAAGCAUGACCCCGUUUCCAGAUACCAGGAACCCGGUUAUGAAGAACCAAUUAGGAAGAAGCCAGGCAGUGCCUAGGGGCAUCCAUACCAAGUCUUAAGUUUACUCGAAUCGCGAGGCUGCGAGCUGGAACUAGACGGGAGCAUGAUGUUCUGGACCAGGACGAUCACAGCCCUGAUACCUCGGGUGUGAUUGGAGACCGUUGAGGGCUUAACGGACGACAAAAGCUUAUUGCUCGUUUUACAACUUCAGACACAUUCGCCAGGGGCAGUGCCGUGGUCAAAUCGGCGCGGCAUGGAUCAUUUUACGAAGCCUUGAUGUGAUCUCUCCUCUGCUGGAGCCUCCGCCGGGAGAUGUGGUUUCAACCCCGAGUCUAAAUGCUCCCAUGCCGUGAGGUUGUAAUACUGAGGUUGCGGACGGUACAACCAGGUCAACGGAUAUCAUCACCAAGGACCGGGCCGGGGCAGGGUUUGCAGGGGCAAUGUUAGUGCCAAGCACCACCCAUUGGAAAGCGGCACCUAGGCACCCGCUCCAACUAGCGCAGGGGCUCGACAGGCUUCAACGUCCAUCGUCCGUCGUCCGUCGUCCAUCGUCCAUCCCUUCAUCUACAAUCCCCCCGAGGUCUGUGUCGCCCAAACCUAAAGAACCCGGCUGACCAGAGCCAGCCGAGGCGAGGUGCGCUUAUGCUCUGUGGCGAUGCCGCGUACUGCCACCCCUGGCGCCAUGUCAACCGCAUCGACGCCCAGCAUGAGGAGAUCGCUGGGUGACGGAGGCGGUGGCCCCAGCAUCAGUGAUUGGAGCCGGCACAGGGAGACCAUCAGACGGCUCUACAUAGACGAGAAGAGGAAGCUCAAAGAGGUCAUGGAUAUCAUGGCCACGGAGCAUAACCUCGUGGCGUCGCCCAAGAUGUACAAGGUUCGCAUGAAGCAGUGGGGGUACUCCAAAAAUAUCAGGACUGUCUCCGAGGACGUCCGGUCCCUUAUGGACUCCGUCAACCAAACGGAUCGCUCUGUCGUGCUAGCAACAGGCCGCGUGGUGGACUCCCAGCGUCUGGCUCUACACCUGCGGCGAAAGAAGCAGGGUCUCGUGCGGGCGACGCUGCCACCUUUGCCACACCCGCCAUCUAUCAGGCCUCCGGACAUCUUCCACAUAUCAGAGGCCGUUCUGGCCCAUACGCGCGGGUACAUGUAUGGGCAAACCAUAGAUGUCGAGUUCGUCUCAGGCCGCACUGCCCAUCCAGAGACCAAGCAGGUGACAGACUCCAUGCAUAUGCUGAGGGGUCUCCUUCGGGCCGACAAGUUGGACGAGGCCGUCGUCUUCUUGAGAAAGGUUCCGGACCAGAUACGCGCCUUGCUCCGCCACGAGCCUCCCCAGAUCCUGAACAGGAUAUUCACCAUGGUCGUACACCUGUUGAGUGUCCCAGGGCAACAGGAGCGGGUGGGGAGGAUCGUCAAGGCGCUGGUCAACUACGCUGCAGCCGCUGCAGCCGAGCCAAACCUGGGCUGGUCCGACCGUCAUCCCGUGCGCAGGGUACUGCAGGGCCUGGCUUCUUUGGACGACCAGGACACUCUCGCCCUGCAUGACCUCGCUGUGCGAGCCUGGAAAUGUCUGCUGGACGCGACGGAUACCGUACUGGGCACGCCCGAAUGCGCCGUGAACUUUCCUCGGUGGUUAGACAUGGGCGAGUCCGCCGGCUACGACGCUCUGCCGAGCGCAUACCUCGCCCAGAGGCAAAUGGAGAUAUGCCGGCAGAGAGCAGAAGAGUUCGGCGAGGGCUCGCCCGAAGCCGUCGGCGAGCUGUUCUUCCUCACCGAGCUGGAGCGGCAGAGGGUAGAUGCCCACGGCGGCUCCAAGGACUACCUGAUAUCCCUCCUCACACUGACACUACAGCGGAUACCCGAGGGAGAGUGCCAGAUCGCGAAGCUGAACUGCGAGCUGUACAUGGCUGGCAUCGCCAAGGAGCAGGGCAAUAGGGAACUCGCCGAGGCCUACCUACGAGCUGCAAUUGACACCAGGGUCAAGCGAGGCGGGGCCAAACCGCUCCUCUUCCAGAAGCUCACAAAGCUCGAGGAUUGGCUUACUGAGUGGGGAGAGGUGGCAAAGGUGGCUGAGUUGCAGCCAUGGAAAGAGAGUGUCCGCGCUAGCAUGAACGACGCUACUACCGUAUGACAAUGCCGGGAUCUGAAAUGUCCCGGGGGACAUUGACUGCAUGGCUGUUGAGCCUCAAUGCCUCCCUCAAAUUUGGAACGUCGAGACCUCACAGAUAAAUGACACUCUCGCAAUUGUCAUAAGGCUGUGUCCAGGGAUUCAGGUGCCCUGCGUCGCCAUCUCCAGGCCAUCAACAUACUCGUCCAGUCAGCUGCUGAGGUUGACCAACCGGCCAUAAGACUCAGCUUACAUGUGGGUGAGAAGUGAUCGGGGACCUCGCAGGAGCGCAUGACGGAUCGUGUGACACACCGAAAAAUCGUGAGGGCUCUCAAUGACGCGCCGGGACUCAGUUUGGUUGUCAUGUGCCACUGCGAUAUGGCACGGGUCCUGUCGAGUGCUACGACCGAUAGAUCCAGUGAGCCGGGAGCUGAAUCUGACGUGUAGUAAAGAUGGCUGGAAUUGGCCGAAUAAUAUCAUCCUAAUGAUGGCCGGGGCAGAUUAUUAUUCUCGGCCUGGGAAGACGCCACUAGGGAGCUUUUGAGACUGUCGCAGUGGACUCAUUUCGAAGUCCAACCCGUGUUGAUGGCGCUGUUUGGCCGUGGCAACCCGGCGCAACGGCUCCAGGAACUCCACUUCCAUUCAGGAAGUUCAUACCUGCCUCUCCCUUACGAAACAGGCAGGUAUUAAGUGAGAGUUUGGUGUGGGAAAAAUAGCGCAACAAUGGCCAGGGCUGAGUGAAAACGCCAGUUCAAAGCCCCGGAACUAUAUUCUGCU